GAAACACAAGCGGAGAACAGAGAACUGAACUAAGGAGCAGAAAGAAAGAGAGAGAGAGAGAGAGAGAGAGAGAGAGAGAGAGGGGGAGAGAAGCCGAAAGAAGCGAUCUAGGAGUGUUUUAUUUAUUUCUCAGCAAUCUGUCCAUCUAUGCUGUGCAUGAAUGAAUGAAUAUCUGUGGAUGUGCAUGAACAUGGCACAUGACACCGGGGCUCCGAUCGAUCCCUCAUCACAAGUCCGCUUUUAUUAACCUGGAACUUUACUCCUUUAAGAGGUCACUCUUUCUCACUCUGAGAGAGAGAGAGAGAGAGAGGGACGAUUGAGAUUCUCUUGAACGAUUGAGAGAACAGUUUCAUCUUCAUCCUUGUUUCAUCUCCAUGAUCCAGUAACACCUGGAAAGAAAAAAAAAAGACACCUGUCCUCUCAACACGUGGAUCUAGCAGAUUUUGUUAUUAUUUAUUUUUUUUUAAAGGAUUGCAUUUGCUUUGGAUUUCUUCCACUGCUUUGAAUCAGAGUUUUCAGUGGACAGCGAGACUCUUCGAGACAAACAACCUUUCCUGCUCACAAACUGCGUUCUAAAAUGAGAAACUGCAUAUUUUUGUCAACUGAAUGAGCAAAAGCAAGGCAGAUGGAGGGAACGACUGUUUAUAGCUGCUAUAACGUUUGAAAUACUCAAGGGGAGGAUUCUGUUCCUAAACUUUCACUUGGGAGAAGAAGACUUCUGAUGAGAGGAUGCUGCAGGGAAGCAGCGUGAGGCCGAGUCCCACCUGAAGCCCAUCCUCCUCCUGUUCCUCCACCUGCCGCCAUCCCAUGAUGCACUGCCCGUGCCGAGGGAGGCUAAAGCUGCUACUGGCAUCUCUGAGCUUUGUCAUCUUGCUCACGUGGCUCUACCUGCUGGCGGGCAACCUGGAGAAUGGCCGCUCCUUACUCCUUGCUCCAUGUCUUCUGGAGUCCACGGAGGCACGCUUCCUCGAGCGGGAGGUGCUCGCAUCCCGGGUUCGACAGGUGGAGGAAGAGAACCGGCAGAUCCGCCUCCAGCUCAGUCAAUCCCAGGGCCAGACUGAAGGUAACUAUGGCAACCAGCAGUGGGUGGCAUCAGCAGAUACGGGAGCAGAGGAUGUGGAGAACACGGCGGAGGAACGGGCCAAUCACAGCGAGUGUGUCCGCUCACCUACUGCAGAGAAGUGUGAGCUGAUUCACGUGGCAUGUGUGUGUGCGGGUCACAACGCCAGCCGGGACGUGGUCACCCUGGUCAAAUCCAUCUUAUUCCACAGGAGAAAUCCUUUGCAUUUUCACUUCAUAACAGACACGGUGGCCAAUCAGAUCCUCAGCACGUUGUUCCAGUCAUGGAUGGUACCAUCAGUGCAAGUCAGCUUCUAUGACGCUGAUGAACUGAAGCCGGAGGUUUCAUGGAUACCCAACAAACAUUAUUCGGGCAUUUACGGCCUGAUGAAACUCACGCUCACCAAAGCGCUACCCUCUGACCUCUCGAAAGUCAUCGUGCUUGAUACGGACAUCACUUUCGCCACUGAUAUUGCUGAGCUAUGGGCCAUCUUCAAAAAGUUCACAGCAAAGCAGGUGAUUGGACUUGUUGAGAACCAGAGUGACUGGUACUUGGGGAACCUCUGGAAGAACCACAAACCCUGGCCUGCUCUUGGACGUGGCUUCAACACAGGGGUGAUCCUGCUGUAUCUGGAGCGUUUACGGAAGCUUGGGUGGGAACAGAUGUGGCGGUUAACAGCAGAGAGAGAGCUAAUGAGCAUGCUUUCCACUUCACUCGCCGACCAGGAUAUUUUUAAUGCCAUCAUAAAACAAAACCCGGUUCUGGUGCACCAGUUGCCAUGCUUCUGGAACGUACAGUUAUCAGACCACACUCGCUCGGAGCAGUGCUACACAGAGGUGUCAGAUCUUAAGGUGAUUCACUGGAAUUCUCCUAAGAAACUGCGAGUCAAAAACAAGCAUGUGGAAUUUUUCCGGAAUCUUUACUUGACUUUUCUGGAGUACGAUGGGAAUCUUCUCCGGCGAGAACUCUUCGGGUGUCCGAGUCAGGCCACCUCUGAGAGCACACGGCUUCAGAAAGCACUAGAGGAGCUUGAUGAGGAUGACCAAUGCUAUGAUUUCCGGCGUGAGCGAAUCAUGGUGCACCGCGUACACCUUUAUUUCCUGGAGUACGAGUACACGUCGACCGAGGAUGAUACUGACGUCACUCUGGUGGCCCAGCUGUCGAUGGAUAGACUGCAGAUGCUGGAGGCCAUCUGUAAACACUGGGAGGGACCCAUCAGUUUGGCGCUCUAUAUGUCAGAUGCUGAGGCUCAGCAGUUCUUGCGCUAUGCUCAAGCCUCGGAGGUCCUCAAAAACCGCAAGAACGUAGGAUACCACAUCGUCUACAAAGAGGGCCAGUUCUACCCUGUUAACCUGGUGCGCAAUGUGGCUCUCCGUAAUUCCAAAACCCCUUACGUCUUUCUGACUGACAUAGAUUUCCUCCCUAUGUACGGACUCUAUGAUUACCUCAGAAAAUCCAUCGUCCAGCUGGACAUGGCCAACACCAAAAAGGCUCUGGUAGUGCCAGCCUUCGAGACUCUGAGAUAUCGCCUCUCCUUUCCAAAAUCCAAAGCCGAACUGCUAUCCAUGCUAGACAUGGGGACUCUCUACACCUUCAGGUACCAUGUUUGGACCAAGGGUCACGCACCAACCAACUACGCCAAAUGGAGGACUGCCACUACACCUUACAAGGUGGAGUGGGAAGCAGACUUUGAGCCCUAUGUGGUGGUCAGGAGGGAUUGCCCUGAGUAUGACCAGAGAUUUGUGGGCUUUGGCUGGAACAAAGUCUCCCACAUCAUGGAGCUUGAUGCACUGGAGUAUGACCUGAUGGUGUUACCAAAUGCCUUCAUGAUCCACAUGCCCCAUGCGCCCAGUUUCGACAUUUCAAAGUUUCGCUCCAGCGCGAGUUACCGGUUCUGCUUGACGACUUUGAAAGACGAGUUCCAUCAAGAUCUCUCCAGAAAAUAUGGUGCUGCUGCUCUGAAGUACCUCACUGCUCAGAGGAACAUUUGAAUUCAGCCCUUAACGUAUGUCCAUGCACACCAGGGUCACCACUAAUCUGUUCCUGGAGGCCUACUGGCCGCAUGCUGCUCUCAGACAUGUGCUCUUGAUGUGUCCAGUGUGUGUCAAGAUACUGAACUGUCCUUUCACAUGUCUGCAUUUUUAUUAAAUCUGCUGGACGCAGAUCAGACUGACUGGAGCUUUAAACCUUGUUUUUGGAUAUAGUUGUCACAUUCAAGACUCAGAACAGCGAUGUCAGCACUAUCCCAAGCUAUGAUAAAAUAAAGACUUAAAAUUAAGAAUGAAGUGAAGACCAGAACAGGAUGGCUCAUAUCUAACCCAGGGUUUCAACUACUGGUUAGCAGUGUUAACUGAAGUCUACUGUAUGUCUAUUCGUAAAGGUCUGGCAUUGCUUAAAAGCGCAAACGAUCUUGAUCAAGGGUGUUUUGACAAUCAGGGCUUUCUCUUGGCUAAAUAUAAACAGCGGAGAGUUAAGCAAAGUUGGAGAAAGGACGUGAACUUUUUAAAGCCUCUUUUAUUUUGGAAAGGGCAUCCCAACUGGAACAGACGAAGCCUUACGAAUCCCUCACUAUUUAAGAUAUUUAUGCUUUUGGUUUCUUUUUAAAUGAUAAGGCCAAUGAACUAGGGGGUUUUGACUUACAAGAUAUGUUUUGAUUGUAAGAUUAUGAGAAGGAAAAAUAUGUCACAUUAUUUUUUCAUUUCUACAAACGGAGUACCUUCGGUGACUGAGAGCGCGAACACUUGACGGGGAUACAUAACUUGUAUCUCUAGUGAGUAUAUGGGCUUAUUUGCUUUCCAUUAGGCAUGACAGGUUGUCCAGACAGACGUGUGUGUUAUUGCUGCAUUUAGGACUGUCACUUAACUGUCACAUGUUUUGGCAUGCAUAUUCCAUAUCCAGCACUGUAGCAUCUCAUCAGCUUUUAUCUCCAACUCACUCUGACCACUCUACAUUUAAGAAAAUGUUUCAGAUAAGAGUAUAUCUAUUAAAUACCAUGAGUGACCCAUACAAGGGACCAUCAAAUGACCCCUGUUCAAUUCAAAUGUAUUAUUUGCUAAUGAAAUCUUGGAAAACUGUUGUAUAUGUCAAGCUGUAAUACAGUUAUA